UGUGGCUUCAUGCUGUCCAAACACUUUGGAACGUAUGGACUUUAGCCUUAUUAACAACUUAGCUUCAACAUUCUCUGUGUAUUGAUUCCAUUGUUAUGGCGAUCACAAGUUGUUCAACAAUAGCCAUAGCUAAAUUGGAUUUCCCUGUUUCAUUUUCACAAAGCAUAAACAAGAAAUUCUCACGUUCAAUCCCUUUUUGUAGCAAUAAAUAUGUUCCUAAACAGUUGUUCUUUUCCAUCAAGACUUCAAAAUCUCGUGGGAAUAUAUCCAACUCACUUGUAAAUGAUUGUUCAAUUGAUGAAACCUCUAAAGAAAGCACAACCCAAGUUGCCAUUGAAGUCAAAACCAGUACGUGGAACUGGAGAGGCUAUUCCAUCAGAUACCAGUAUAGUGGCAACAGUGGCCCUGCGCUCGUUUUAGUCCAUGGUUUUGGAGCAAACAGUGACCAUUGGAGAAAAAAUGUACCGGUUCUUGCGCAGUCACAUCGGGUGUUUUCUAUUGAUCUUAUUGGUUAUGGCUACUCAGACAAACCAAAUCCUCGUGACCUUGGUGUAGACAACUUUUAUACAUUUGAAACAUGGGGCUGCCAGCUAAAUGAUUUUUGUAAGGAUGUCGUCGGAGAUAAAGCUUUCUUUAUUUGCAAUUCCAUCGGAGGACUUGUUGGUCUUCAGGCUGCAGUUUUGGACCCACAACUCUGUAGAGGCAUUCUUCUUUUAAAUAUCUCUCUCCGAAUGCUGCAUAUAACGAAGCAGCCUUGGUUCGGUAGACCACUGAUUAAAGCAUUUCAGAAUUUAUUGAGAAAUACUGAACUCGGGAAAUUCUUUUUCAAAAGUGUUGCUACUCCUGAAUCAGUGAAAAACAUUCUGUGUCAGUGUUACUGUGACACAUCCCAGGUGACGGAUGAGUUAGUACAGGCCAUCCUUCUUCCAGGGCUUGACACAGCUGUCGAUGUGUUUCUUGAGUUCAUUUGCUAUUCAGGGGGGCCUCUUCCCGAGGAACUACUACCUCAAGUGAAGUGUCCAGUUCUGGUGGCAUGGGGUGACAAGGAUCCUUGGGAGCCUAUAGAACUUGGUCGAGCCUAUGGCAAAUUUGAUACGGUUGAAGAUUUCAUUGUCCUCCCUAAUGUUGGCCAUUGUCCUCAGGACGAGGCACCCCAUCUUGUGAACCCACUGGUGGAAUCAUUUGUUGCUCGGCAUGCCAACGUUGAGAACUGAGUCAGGGUGAGCGUGUGGUCUUAUACACGUUUGGUUUCGAGUCCAACGAAGAUUGCAUGCUAUCUGAGAAAGACUGAAAGAAGUACAUGGGAAAACAAGAAACAAAGUGAGAAUUUAUUCUAAUUCAUGUGAAGGGAAAUAGAUAAUUGAUUACUUAGACUCUUAUUGGAAGAGACUACCAUCCUUUAUAUCACCCCUUAUUUGCAGUGUCGUAGCUACAUAGACUCAAGGAUGGACAGUUUGAACACCUUCUGUCAAAAAAUUAUAAGUACUGUGUAUAUAAAAACUAAUAUUUCGUAUGUAAUAGUUUUAUAGUCCUUUACAAA